GGGAAUGAGAUAUAAGGGGUUGAUGAUGGUGCUGCCUCACAGCUCCUGGGUUUGAUCCUGUGACUUUCUGUACGAAUGUGUAGGUUUCUUCUGGCUUCUAUAUACUAUAAUAGCUAAACACUCUCAGAAUUUUAAUCAGUCCAUUUAUUUUCGUGUCUGCUGAAACAAUAAUGUCAUGCUUCAGAAGAUCAACUUCUGGUGAAGCCACGGACAGUUUUUAACGAGCUCCCAUCUUUUGUGGCCAUGAUGAAGAACUCAUUAAAAACCAUACAAGUGCUUUAACUUUAUACUUUAGGCAUAACGUCAUUUGCUGCGCGUUUAGAUUGAUCCCGCCUUCAUUCGUGUGCCCCCUCCUGAUUGGUCCAGGUCCCCGUCAAUCAGCAGCGCGCUGGAGUGGAAUAACAGUAGAUUCUCAAAGAGCGCGCCGGAGUGUCAUCGGGCUGCUGUGAGCCGCGGUGUGUAAUGUCAAUCUUAUCACCUCACACAGGACAGCUCGUAGCAAAGAUGAAGGCGGACUCGGACUCUCUCUGAUCGCUGCAUCCAGUUUUCAUUCAGCAAAAUCUUGCCCCAUGUGAAUAGGGCAAAGCAGCGUACUGCAUUUGCCCACUUCUAAUAUGGCGGCGCUCAGCCCGGUUAGAUCGCUGACUGCUAUUUUUUUAUUUGUCACCGGCGGUCUGAUAAGCCGCUCGGACGGCAGAGAGGCGGCGGAGGAGACCGUCAUCAUCGGCCUGCGUCUCGAAGACACCGACGAUGUGUCAUUCAUGGAUAAAGGCUUCUUGCGCGUUAGCGAGAGAUCGCGGGUGAAGUUGCGGAUCUACGGGCAGAACAUUAACAACGAGACGUGGUCCAAGAUCGCCUUCACGGAACAGGAGCGCAGCAGCGUGUCCGGAGUCGCGGACGGUCCAGGCGGUUACAACCAAGUGGACGCUGCUGCCUUCCAGCCUUGUGGCAUCCGAUCGUCCGAUAUCAUCAUUCUUCCCAACGUGGAUGUGAGCAGAUCGACGUCCGGCGUCAUCGAGAUCGAAGUAAAACCUCUGCGGAAAACUGAGAAGAGCAAAGUGUACUACAUGUGCAUUGCCGCACCAGCACCUGCUCCCGGUGUUGUGAACGACGCGUGGUCUGAAAACACCUGGAUCUACCACGAGGGGCAUGACACCAAAAUGAUCGUUGUGGAGGAGAAGAAGUUCUUGCUGCCUUUUUGGCUGCAGGUAAUAUUUAUUGCAAUGCUCUUGUGCUUGUCCGGCAUGUUCAGUGGACUGAAUUUAGGGCUCAUGGCACUCGACCCCAUGGAGCUCAGGAUAGUGCAGAACUGUGGCACAGAGAAGGAAAAAAAAUAUGCAAACAAGAUUGAACCAGUGAGGAGUCAAGGGAAUUAUCUGCUCUGCUCAUUGCUUUUGGGCAACGUCCUCGUGAACACCACCUUAACUAUUUUGCUGGAUGAUAUUGCAGGCUCUGGUCUGAUUGCAGUGGUUGUAUCAACCAUUGGUAUUGUAAUAUUUGGAGAAAUUGUGCCACAGGCAAUAUGCUCAAGGCACGGGCUUGCUGUCGGUGCAAACACCCUGAUUUUAACCAAGUUCUUCAUGAUCCUUACUUUUCCCGCAUCAUAUCCUGUCAGUAAACUUUUAGACCAUGUUCUAGGACAGGAGAUUGGCACAGUGUACAAUCGAGAGAAGCUCCUCGAGAUGCUCAGGGUAACUGACCCAUACAAUGAUUUGGUCAAAGAGGAGCUGAACAUCAUCCAGGGUGCUCUGGAGCUCAGGACUAAGACCGUGGAGGAUGUCAUGACACCUCUGCGUGACUGCUUUAUGAUCGCGGCUGAUGCGGUCCUCGAUUUUAACACCAUGUCCGAGAUCAUGGAGAGCGGGUACACGCGCAUCCCCGUGUUUGAGGGGGAGAGGUGCAACAUCGUGGAUCUCCUCUUCGUCAAAGACCUGGCCUUUGUGGACCCAGAUGACUGCACUCCUCUGAAAACUAUCACAAAAUUCUACAGCCACCCCCUGCACUUUGUCUUCAAUGACACCAAGCUGGACGCAAUGCUAGAGGAGUUCAAGAAAGGGAAAUCCCACCUGGCUAUUGUGCAGAGAGUGAACAAUGAAGGGGAAGGAGACCCUUUUUAUGAGGUUUUGGGUAUAGUUACUUUAGAGGACGUCAUUGAGGAGAUCAUCAAGUCUGAGAUUCUAGAUGAGACCGAUCUGUACACUGACAACAAGACAAAAAAGAAGAUAACUCAUCGGGAGAGGAAGCAGGAUUUCUCAGCUUUUAAGCCGACAGACAACGAGCUUGGGGUCAAAAUAUCACCACAGCUUCUACUCGCUACCCUGCGUUUCCUAGCAACUGAAGUAGAGCCAUUUGGCCCAGCUCAUAUGUCAGAGAAAAUCCUUCUGCGUUUACUCAAGCAUCCCAACGUGAUCCAGGAGCUGAAGUAUGAUGACAAGAACAAGAAAAUGUUAGAGCACUAUCUGUUUCAGAGAAACAAGCCUGUCGAUUACUUCAUCCUCAUCCUGCAGGGGAAGGUGGAGGUUGAGGCUGGCAAGGAGGGAAUGAAGUUUAAAGCUGGGCCCUUUUCCUACUAUGGAAUGAUGUCCUUAACGUCAUCACCAGUUCCACUCUCUUUGUCUCGAACCUUCGUUGUCAGCCGGGCAGAGUCUCUUGCAGGAUCUCCAGAGAAUAAGUCACCUCCCCGACCUUUUGGCCUGAACCACUCGGACUCUGUGAACCGGAACGAGCGCAUGGAAGCCCUCACCCCCACCCUGGGCAGCAGCAACAACCAGCUCAACGCCUUCCUGCAGAUCUACGUGCCGGACUACUCUGUCCGAGCUGCCUCCGACUUGCUCUACAUUAAGGUGUCCCGGCAGCAGUAUCAGAACGCUGUCAUGGCGUCCCGCAUGGACAAGACACCUCAGUCUUCAGACAGUGAAUUCACCAAGAUAGAGCUUACUCUGACUGAACACCAGGACGGACCAGGAGUCGAAUCGGCUUCGUUGCUCAUCCAACAGCAGAACUCGACUAACACACACAAACCCAACCACAUCUCACACACUGAUGGAACUAUCUAAAGGAGACAGGAAAUGAGGUGAGAGGACUAAAAUAUUUUCAGCGAGCGAAGUUUGGGAAGCUUCCAUUGGGCAGCUUUACUGGGAUCAACUGAAUCCUGUGAUUUUUCUUUCUACACGUAUAGACUUUACAGGGGAUAUGAGGGCAUGGUGAAAUACCACAAACUACAGAAAGGGAUGCACUCAAACAGUGAGCAGUGAAUGACCAAGGAACCAGCAGAUGUCACUUCCUCACCCACUCAGCCACACUCUAUUCAGAAUGCACUCACAUCCAACAGCAGAGAGAGAGAGAGAGGAAGGCUGUAGCACUGUCCACUGUCCUCCAACUCUCCGAUCCGUAUUUAACCGAGAGAAGGACCAUUCCUGCCACAUCACUUCCUGUCAUCAAGGAUUUAUCACAAUCUUCUACAAGAGAUGGCAAAAAGCAGAAAACACAAAAAGCAGUGUUAAAUUCAGGGACAUGCACAAGCAUGAGCAAGUUAAACAGGUGAUUCCUGCAGUGGUGUAUUUGAGAGGGUGUUAUUAAGAGGAGCAGCAAGAACAAUUUGAAGUCUAGUUUGGCAUUAAUUGAAGUUUUUCUUACCUCAGAUUCAGCACGAAAGCUAUGAGCACUAGUUCACUAGACUCCUUAGUGAUUUCGCAUUAUUUACAAAGAAGGAUAACCUUGUAGGAAGUUAAUUGGUUGCUUAAUCUUUUUUUUUUUUGACAUAUAUAAAAGAAUGUACGUUUGUAGGCUGACCUGAGUAUUGAAAUAUCAUUCACUGAAAUCAGGGAGAUCGAUCACAGUAUAUAAAGACCAAUGCUGCUGCAUAUCCGUCUAGAUUUCCCUGACAAACUGACCUACUUAGUGAUACUUUCAGCAGUUUGAGCAACGGAGCCUGAAGGGAGAGUGCCAUUUUUGUGAUUUUAAUAAUAUACAAGGAGCUAAAAUAAACCUUUCCAGAGUGUUUAGUCGUACUAGAUAGAGCGAAUGUGCAUGUGACGGAUUAACAAUUGCCAGUCGUGAUUAGAGAAAAGUUAACACCCACAGAUGCUACUAUGGCAAAGCCCUCACUGUUUUCCACAGAAACACUGAGCAGUUACCAAAGCACCAAGUUUCUGAUGGUCAACCAUGAAGAUAAACUGCUACACAGUUCUGGCCUUGAGUAACAGCAAAAGAAGGGACGCAGCAUUAAAUCCUGAUUAGCGAUGAGGAUGUGGGUGUUACAUUUCUUUGAGCUCAUAGCACUGAAACAUUCAGCUCCUACACUUACGACAGAAGUAAGUCUGUCUGGCUAUAGACUGUGUGCAUGUAACACGUAUACAGAUGUGCCAUGUAAAGUAUUUGCAGUACAAAGACAUUCAGUAUGUUUACAUGUGAGGGAUUUUUCCAUGUACCUUACAGUGUCACAUUUUACAGUGAAUAGAGCGAGAGAGAGUGUGUGUGUGUGUGUCUCACAUCAUAACUUUAGUUUUUAUAUGAAACAAAUGUUGGACCAUUUUGUUAUCAGUAACCUCCUGGCUUCUAAUGUCUUUUAAUCAUGUGUUAAACCGUGUUUAAAAAUGUGAAUUCCUUUUUAUUUUCAGCUUAAACGAUUCUAGUAUUUCUAUGCUGAUUUUUUUAUAAUUUCACACUUUCCAUGUACCAUGUGACGUCAUGUUAACCAAGUAACGUGCUAAAAAUCGAAUUAUGCCGAGUUCAACAGUGUGCAUAAGGUACCUUUCUACAGCUUGCGAAACAAAACUACACACAGGAAUUAAGUUAAAAGGCAUGUUACUUUCCUCGGUAUUAAAUUCAGUAUUUCAGUUCAUACACUGUAAAGGAUGAUUCGGUGUUGGAGCGCUCUAUUUGAAUCAUCAUGGCUUAGAACCGGGGUCUCAAGCUUAUGUAUUUAUGUAGCAACCUGUCAGUGAAAUGCAGGGACAAUCAGCAGUAUAACAGCCCACAAAACACCCACUGUCAAGUGCCCUUGUGAACAGGAAACAAAGUUGAACUGCUAAAUGGUUGAGGAUAGGGACUGUUGUGUUAUCAAAGAGACCCAGAACUAGAUAUGAUGAUGUUUCUGAGAUCACUGGGACAGCUAUUUUCUGAAUGAUAAAUUGUUAACACUGAACCGCACGUCAUUUACAUAUUGCAUAAGCAUUAACGAUGCCAUGCACAUAAAAACUACAUAAUCUACUCCAGAAAAUAAAAGGGAUGUUCUGAUUUUUUUUUUCCCCUCAGAGGACAAUGUUGUGUCUUAAAGACUGUAAAAUGGCCCACCUUAGACAGAACAAGAUUUCUUCAGAAAUGUGGUGCUCAGGCAUAUUGUUCGAAUCCACCGUAUAUUGCUGCUAUUCAGAGUUUUGAAUGUCUAUAGAGAUGCUGUAAAGGCAUUGAGAAUCGAGAGUUCUAUUAUAUACUUACAUACUAUCAAACAAGAAAAUACUAUAUCUCUAUAUAAAGAAGUUGAAUGUUGCUAUUAUAAAAAGAAUUUGUUUUGACGAGAAUUUUGCUUGAUCGAUGCAUUUUUGUUUCUCGAAUACCUCUUUUGAUUUAACAAAUAUAAAAUAACACACUGAAGACUGUGUAUUUUGUAGUACAGAGUAAAAUUCCAUGUAUUCUGUGUAUUUAUGCCUGGUGUUAUUGAACUUGUUUUAGUCACAUCUACUCUGGAUUUCCACCUGGAUGUACCAGAAUAAUGCUGCAGAAUAUUUGGGCUUCUCCACAUCCCAAAAGGUUUGAAUCAACCUAAUCAUUCGGUGUAGAAAAGACACAAGAGUGCGUCAUAUGUAAUGAGCGAAUUUUGGACUAAAUUUUAGAUUUCUGAGGAAACCGGAAUACCCGGAAGAAACCCCUGAAAGCACAGGAAGGACACAGGGUGGAGGUGGGAAACAAACCCUGUUUAUCCGUUAAUGAACCUGAACACGUCAGCAGCAUACCUGAACUCAUUUUAAUCAAAGAAACACUGCAGAAGCUCACCCUAAUACUAGCCCUGGUGUUAACUUUUACAUUUUUAGAUAAACUGGGUAGCAUGAAUAAUCAGAAAUCUGCAAGUGAUCAAAACUGAAAAAAAU